AUGACGGGCCAACCGCCUCCCCCACCAAAAUACACCGUUCCAGAGGCGGUGGCCGACGAGGAAGGUACCGGAGAGCCCCUCCUUCGCCCAACAACAACCACCGCUGUUCCUGGCGGUGUAGGUGUAAGCAUUGGAGGAGGGCUUAGAAAGAAGGCCGCUGGGGUGAAGCCCUGGUUGCUUUUGGAGUCGACGGGACAGGCCCAGGUGGUGGAGGCCGGAAAACACGCAAUCAUGAGGAGGACGGGCCUCCCUGCUCGCGAUCUCCGGAUCUUGGACCCGCUCCUCUCCUAUCCAUCUACCGUUCUGGGUCGAGAGCGGGCAAUUGUUAUCAAUUUGGAGCACAUAAAGGCAAUCAUUACGGCCCAAGAAGUGCUCUUGCUGAAUUCCAGAGAUCCCUCAGUCACCCCCUUCGUUGAAGAGCUUCAGAGAAGAAUUUUUCGCCAUCAUCAGGCCUUCAAGGCUGAGGAAGCUGGAACCAAUGGUGAGAAUGUGGACUGGGCAAAUUUAUAUGAUCUGGGAGAGCCACAAUCAAGAAAAGUUAGUCCUCCAACUUAUUCUGGGAUUUUCUUGAAUAAGGAUGAGGAGAGGAAGGAAGAUGAGAGGCAACAAGUCGUGGAGAAUCGAGACGGAUUGAAGCUUCUUCCAUUUGAGUUUGUUGCUUUGGAGGCAUGCCUUGAAGCUGCUUGCAGUUGUUUGGAUAGUGAAGCAAGGACAUUGGAGCAAGAAGCUCAUCCUGCAUUAGAUAAGCUGACUUCGAAGAUUAGUACUCUCAAUUUGGAACGUGUACGACAAAUUAAAAGUCGCUUGGUUGCAAUAACUGGACGAGUUCAAAAGGUAAGGGAUGAAUUAGAGCAUUUGCUUGAUGACGAUGAAGAUAUGGCAGAGAUGUAUUUGACUGAAAAGCUUGCGCAACAACAGCUUGAAAAUUCUUCUGCCUCUUCUUUAAAUGAGCAAGAUGACAUGGAUGAAGUUGUUCAGUCUGAAAUGGAUGACAGGGGUCGUGCUGAAAUAUCAAUGGAAGGUAAUGGGAGUUCCUUUAUUUCUGAUGGUGAUCUUCAGCAGAUUACCAACCACCAGGAGCAAUUUUUUGAAGGUCCUGUUGCUCCUAGCAGAAACAGUCAUGGGACCCAUACCAGUACACACAGUGCUAUAAGCAAGAACCUUGACGUGGAAGAGCUCGAAAUGCUCUUGGAAGCAUAUUUUGUUCAGAUUGAUGGUACACUGAAUAAAUUAUCCACACUGAGGGAAUACGUAGAUGACACGGAAGAUUAUAUCAACAUUAUGUUGGACGACAAGCAAAACCAUCUCUUACAAAUGGGGGUUAUGCUAACAACAGCAACCCUUGUGGUGAGUGCUUUUGUGGUCGUGGCUGGGAUUUUUGGUAUGAACAUCAAGAUUGAAUUGUUUGAUGACAAAAUAGCCGGGAUGCCAGAAUUCCUUUGGACUGUCGGGGGAGGUACAGCUGGCACUGUUUUCCUUUAUGUGAUUGCAAUUGCCUGGUGUAAACACAGACGGCUACUGGAGUGA